AUGGCUCCUCCGCAUGGCAGCUAUCUCAAGAAGACUGUCAAGGUUGACCUGCAUUUUGAUCUUUUCCCGGCAAUCACGGCUGACCUGGAGGCGGGAGAGGCGGCAAGGAAAGCAACCAAGGCAAGGGGCAAAGAUUUCAAAGGAAGACUGCCAACAAAUAACAAGCCAUUGUACCCUCAACCACCAACAGAUGCCGAAAUGAAAGCUGCUUGUGCCAUUUAUACCAAGAAGGAAACCCCCAAGAACGCCCCCAAGGACCCCCGCAAGAACGCCCCCAAGAACACCCCCAAGAACCUCCACAAGAAUGAGACAGAGUGA